AUGGAUGGUUUAUGGGUGGAGAGAAGGCAGUGGAAUACUUUGGCUGUAAAAGUUUUAUCUUUGAUUGCUAGUGUUAUGUUGGUUAGUGUUAUACAAAAUAUGUUUAUUGCUUUCAUGAGAAAUAUAAUAAAAUUUGAAGAAAACAAUCAAUUAGCUAAAAAUUUAAAUACUAAAAUCAUAGAAAUUGAUUCAGAAGUUGUUACACUAAAAGGCCUACUAAAGGAUUUAAUAUCAGAAUUAAAAGAUGCCAAAGGCAAUAACAGUGGUGGAAAGGAUGGAGACAUGGAUGAUGAGAACAAGAAAAAGUAG